AUGUCUUUUUUCGGAUUUGACCCCACGAGGCCACCUCGAAGUGGGAAUGGCAAUGAAGUAUACGAUUUCGAAAACACAUACGAUGGAUUGGGUGAAUUAGAGGAGGAUGACGCAUUCAACACUGAAACUUUCGGAACAAGUGUUGCAGAUAUCAAGAAAGAUUUCGAUUUUGGUCAUGGUCAGUCUAAGCAAAAUGCGGCCUCUCUGGCUCCAACAGUGCCCGUUCAAACGCAAAGUUACGCCCAAGCAGCUCAAGCUGUACCUGAAAAUGAUGAUGAGUUUAUGCAGGAGCUAUGGGGUACUUCACACACUCCCAACAAAGUGGGUGAUGAGCCUCAAAGUCAAGGAGCCCCUGUCUCCCAGCCUGGGAAAAAGGUUUUGUCUUUGGAGGAAAUUGAAGCUCAAUUGACAGCGAUUGAUCAGAACCAGCAACAGCAAGCAGGAUUUCUCCAACAAGGCUUUCCUCAGCCAGGGCUGUUUCCGCCUCAGGGAUAUGGCAUUCCAGGAAUGAUUCCACCACCAAAUCAAUUUAAUGGAUACAUGUUUGGGGGUUAUAUGCCACCUCAAUAUGGUUUUCCGGGUAGUGCACCUCCUCAACAAUUACCACCUUUGCAAGGCUUACCACCGCAUAUUCAGCAACAGCAGCAACAGCAACAACAGCAACAACAGCAACAACAGCAACAGCAACAACAGCCUCAGUCUUUGCCUCAACCCCAAUCUCAACCUCAACCUCAAUCUCAACCUCAAUCUCAACCUCAAUCUCAAUCUCAACCUCAACAGGGAUUGCCAAGCCAUGCUCAACCUUCGGCACAGGUACAAGAUAAGGCACCUGCUUCCGUCGUGAACGAAGGACAAGAUUUAGGCUCACACCAUGUACAACAAAGAGCGCAGAAAGUAGAUUUGUCGCAAUUUCCAGUCUUAGGUAAGGAAGCGUUGCAACAACAUCACCAUGCUCACCAGUCACAAGUUUCGCAACAACAGCAGCAGCAAUCUCAAACUAGACAGCAGAGAACUUACAGCCAUCAACAGUCUCAACAACCGAUUGAGGAGCUCACCCCGGAGCAGCAAGCCAAAGCUGCGAAGAGACUAGAAAAAGUGUCGAGAAUCAUGAAGUAUUCCGGAAUUAUGAAUCCUAGAGAUAAGGACUUUGUCACUAGAUUUCAAUUGUCGCAUAUAGUUACUGAAGACCCAUACAACGAAGACUUUUAUGCUCAAGUCUACAAAGUCAUUCAUCCGAAAGUUGUCAAUGGCGUUCCUCAGCCAGCUGUUGGACUGCAAAAUAACUCAAUUGCCCAAGCUUAUUUGGACCACAGUGGUCACAGGUUAGGUGGACGUUACAAGAGAGCUGAUGUGGCAUUACAAAGAAUGCAGCAACAAGUGCAGAAAGCGGUGCAUGUUGCAAAGGGUCGUCCAAAGUUUAAUCAGUAUGCAAAAGAAGGUGCGUUGGGUAAGAUUUCAUUUGCUAGUGGAAAGAAACCUAGACAACAAUUGGAGAUUAUCAGUAAAGCAGCUGAAAGAGAAAAGAAUGAAGGUGUGACCGACGAUGCUGCCAAGAAGGAGGAUAUUAAGAGAUACUCACGUAAGGACAUUUUUGCCAUUUUAGAGAAUAUUAUUUCGGAAUUGAUGAAUGUUGAGAGUGAGUCCAGGGUCUCGUCAAGUGUUGAUACAACAAGCUUGUGGGAAUCGAUGAAAGUUUUGGAACAAGCAUCGUCCUCGGGUGAUGACGAAGCUGAAGUCAAUCCAUUCAUUCAAUGUUUGAACUACAACAAGAUGUUGAAAGUAUUGGUACGUCUUUUCAAAUUCUUGAAUCGUCAACAAAUCUUGACCAUUGCCACUUUAAUCAUGUCCAAUUUGGAGAAUUUAUUGGUGAUAAAGAAUGGAUCAUACACCACGUAUCCUGAUAAAAAGGUUCCCGAAAAGGUUUUAAAACUUGUUGAUGCUUAUUCCAUGACAUUUUCAAAAAUUUUGAUCAAUGCUGUGCUGGAGUUUAAAUUCAAUGAAAUUAUUGGCUUGUUGGUUAUUUUAAUUGAGCAUAACAAUGUGUCAUUUGUAUCAACUACAAAAAUCGGUCUCACCACUCUCACGACAUUGUUGUCGCGUGCCGAGUUGAUUAUUGGAGAAGGACAGAUUUCAGCAACUGACUUAUCGGAGUGGACAUCAUGUUAUGAUGAGUUAUUCACUUCCUUGGAAUCGAGAAUCGCUGCUAUAUUCCCACCCCACCCAGUGGAUGUCGAUGAUGGAUCAUCCAAGGAGAAUUACAUUUGGCAGUUUUUGGCAACAUUGUCAUUAGGUGGUAAAUUGAGUCAUCAAAGAGUAAUUGUUGAUGAAGUUAGAGAUGAGAUCUUUGGAGCAAUGAACAGAGCAAAAGCAAUUGAUAAUCAAGAUUUGGCCAAUCUUUACAAAAAACAAAACUUGUUGAACAAUUUGAAUAUGUUUCUUGUUGUUAUGGGUUUGGUUGCUGAUGAAAACGAUAUAAAGGAACUUUAG